AUGGAGGCCCCUCGGCGGUGGCUGCUUGUCCUUGCGCUCAUGGCCGUGGGCCAUUGCCUGGCCCUGGCCAACCAGGAGGACUCUGGCCCCAUGCCCGGCCCCCAGGACGGGCCUCCUGGGCCGGCCCUGCCCUGCCAUAAGCUCUCCGUGAGCAACAUAGACUUUGCCUUCAACCUCUACCGGCAGCUGGCCUCCGAGGCCCCGGGAGAGAACGUCCUCUUCUCCCCGGCCAGCGUCUCCCUGGCCUUGGCCACCCUCUUCCUCGAGGCCCCUGCCGCCAGCAGGGCCCCGCUCCUGGAGGGCCUGGGCUUCAACCUCAGCCUGGUUCCCGAGGCCGAGAUCCAGGAGGGCUUCCGGGACCUGCUGCUCAGGCUCCCCGUGCGGAGCCCCCCGCUCCUCCUGACGGUGGGCCAGCGCAGGUUCCGCGGCCUGGGCCCGGCGGCCGCCCAGACGGACAUCCGGGAGCACGUGGAGAAGCAGACCCAGGGGCGGCUCGGCGCCUGGGGGCAGGAACUCAGCGAUGCCACCACGGAGGUCCUGGUGAGUCACCUGCUCCUCAGAGCCGGAUGGGCGCGGCCCUUCGACCCGAGAGCCACGGGCCUGAAGGAGUUCUUUGUGGACGAGCACAGGGCCGUGCCGGUGCCCAUGAUGAGGCAGAAGGCCCGCCACCGCCUGCUGCACGACGGCGAGCUGCAGUGCACGGUGCUGCAGAUGGAGCACGCCGCCAACGCCUCCACCUUCUUCGUCUUCCCGCGGCCCGGCGCGCUGGCGCAGCUGGAGGACGCCCUGCUGCCCGAGACACUCAUCAAGUGGGACCGGCAGCUCCGGGCCAGAGAACUCGACUUCCACUUCCCCAAGUUCUCCAUCGCCAGCACCGCCCGCCUGGAGCUGCUCCUCCCGGGGGCGGCCGUGGGCGGAGGCCUCCCCGGGCAGCCCGGCCUGAACGUCUCCACGGUUGCACACAAGGCUGCGAUGACGCUGGACGAGGGGGGCACAGAGGCGGCUGCCGCCACCAGCGUCCAGCUCACGCCGGGACCCCGCCCCGACCUCGACCCCUCGCCCGCUCCCCACACUGAGGAAUUCAACCGGCCCUUCCUGCUGAUGACCUUCCACACGGGCACCGGGAGCCUGCUGCUGCUGGGGAAGGUCGUGAACCCGCUGGGGUGA